GUGUGGCCAGGAUGGUCUCCAGCGCUCGCAGCUCUCCGGUGCACAGGGUGAGUCGGAGUGAAGAUGGAGAGUCGGACGCUGCGGUUGGAGAGGGGCCAGAGACUGCAGGCGGUGUGUGUGCUGGGCACCCGGCUGGUCACAGACAUCAAUGGGGGCGCCCCGGUGGACUGCAAGUGGUUCAGUAUGCGCCACAGCCCGAACAUUGAAAUGGAGAUUCUCGGCAGCGAUGCCUCUCAGCAGAAGGUCAUCAAUGGGGAGAAGCUGUGGCCCCUGUCCAGCAAGACCAUGGUGGAGUUCCACAUGACGCAGCACAGCGCGGAGAUCAAUGACGGCAAGAUAACCAUCGCCUACUACGGAAAAGGGGCCGACGCUCCUGUGGAUAAAUCCGGAGUUUACCUCACAGGAAUCGGGAUAUCGCUGGAUGUGGACGCUGACCGAGAUGGAGUCGUAGAGAAGAAUAAUCCACAUAAGGCCUCGUGGACGUGGGGCCCUGACGGUCAGGGGGCCAUCUUGCUGGUGAACUGCGACAAGGACAGCUUGGUCUCCCGCGUAGUGGAUGGAGAUGAUAAUCUCAUGCUCUCCAAGUCGGAUCUUCUGGAUAUGUCUAAAAUGAUCCUCAGGAUCCACGGCCCUGAGAAACUGCCUACGGGAUAUCUGCUGAUGCUUCAUGUCUCUCCCACGGAUGCUCGGAGCCUGGGAGUCUUCUAUCUGCACAGUAAGGUGUACACACAUGUCCUGGGUAGAAGGAAGCUAUUCUACAAGACUCGUUACACAGGGACCAGGGAAAUGGAGUUCUAUGUGGAGGGUCUCCGCUUUCCGGAUGAGGGCUUCAAUGGUCUUGUGUCCAUAAAGGCCAGCCUGCUGGAGACUCAAGUGGAGGGCAUUCCGGAAACUCCAAUAUUCACAGACUCCGUGACGUUCCGGAUCUCUCCCCUCAUAAUCACGCCCAGCACCCUGGCGCCCAUUGAGGUUUACGUCUGCAGUGUUAAAGAAAAUUAUCUCUUCCUGAAGGCAAUCAACAGACUAGUAAACGAAGCCAAGCUCAAAGUCCAGAUCUGCUUUGAGUAUGUCAACCGCGGCGAUCGCUGGAUGCAGGACGAGAUGGAGUUUGGAUACAUCCAGGCGCCGCAUCAAAGUUUUCCUGUCGUGUUGGAUUCACCAAGAGACAGAGGACUAAAAGAUUUUCCCAUACGGCAACUGCUGGGGCCGGAUUUUGGCUACGUUACGAAAGUGGCAGACUCCGACGACGUGACCAGCCUGGACUCCUUCGGGAAUCUGGAAGUCAGCCCGCCGGUGACCGUCGGCGGCAAGAAGUAUCCUCUGGGGCGAAUUCUGAUCGGAAGCAGCUUUCCCACCACUUCUGGGAGACGGAUGACCAAAGUGGUGAGGGACUUUCUGUAUGCCCAGCAGGUUCAGGAACCCAUCGAGCUCUUCAGUGAUUGGCUGCUGGUGGGUCACGUGGACGAGUUCUUGACUUUUGUGCCAGCACCAAAUGGGAAGGGUUUCCGCCUCCUUCUGGCCAGUCCAGCCACUUGUUUACGAAUCCUGCAGGAGAAGAAGCAGGAAGGGCAUGGAGACGUCAUCCUGCUCCAGGGAUUUGAAACCAAGAGAUGGACAGUCAGCAAAGUCCUGUCCACGGAUGUCAUCGUGAUGGAAAAUGCUUACGCUCAGCACUGCAUCGACUGGAAUCGGGAUAUUCUGAAGCGGGAGCUCGGUCUGACUGAAGACGACAUUAUUGAUAUUCCGGCCUUGUUCAAAUUGCAGGAUGGAAAGGCUUGUGCGUUUUUCCCCAAUAUGGUGAAUAUGAUCGUCCUGGGAAAGAUACUAGGAAUUCCUAAGCCGUAUGGUCCAGUCAUCAAGGAGACCUGCUGCCUGGAGGACUAUGUCAUUGACCAGCUCAAGCCACUGGAACUGUCCUGCUCCUUCAUCGAUGAUGUGGUGUCAUACCACAAGCAGCUUGGCGAGGUGCACUGUGGCACCAAUGUACGCCGAAAGCCAUUCUCUUUCAAGUGGUGGCAGAUGGAAAAGCCAUAGAGUUCCGGCCGGGAGUGAAGCUACCUGUCCCCCAUCUGUCAUCUCCAGCGAUCCGGUGUGCAGUGAAGCCCUCUAGUGUCAGGACUGUAAACUACCACUAACCUCAAUCCCUGUGUUAUGGGGCCACUAAUCAAGGAAGCCGAUACCCAGCAGGAUCCC